GUUAGUACUACGAAAAGCAGUGAAAUUCACUGUUUAACAACAAAAAUAGACUACUAUUGAAUAUGUAAUUUCUGGUUCACAUGAUAACCCUUACUGCUUCUUACUUGGGAAACAAAGACCUAUCGAAUAGUAGUAUAUUUGAUUUUGUUAUAAGACUAUCAGUUUGAAGUGUUCUUGUAUUCUGAAUAGCAUUUAUACUUAUUUGGUAAAUUUUAAUGAAAUUUACUUUAUGAUGCGUCCAGAGUUCUGCCGAAUGAACUCAGUCUACAAUUACAGACAUUCAAAAUCAAAUGUGAUAUAUUAUCUGCUGACAUUCACAUUUAUAAUUUCCUCAAAUCUUGAAUCCUAUUUAUGCUUAAAUCGUUAUAAUAAACUUCGAGAUGAUUGCAAUGAGAUACCUAAAUAUUCCAGUGUAACUAGACGUCCAGGUGAUGGUGGUAUGGAAAUUCGUAUUCAACUUCUACCACCAGAUGUGAAACGUCGACGCGGUAGUGGAAAUAAUGGUCAUAUACUUUUACAAUCAUCUGAUUUAAGCUCAGUAAAUUAUAAGCCACCAGUUAAUUAUUUAAACAAUCGGGAUUAUUUGAUUGUAGUCGCACCGAAACUUGAUCCACAAACUCCUAAGCCAGCACUACGUUUAGAGUCUGUUUAUCUAACAGCUGUACCAUUAGGUACACCAGAAAGUGAAGAAUUUAAUCAGGGUAAAGGAAGAUUUAUGCCUACAAUAUGCUCCAAUCCUGCUAUAGGCGCUAUUCGUUUUGCAUAUAACUUUCCUAAUCAUGUUAGUUUUGUGUGGACAAGUCCAGCUGGUUCAGAAUCAACAACACUAAAGUAUACUCCAAAUGUUCAAAACUUCAAUUCAUGUUUAGAGAUAAGAGCCACAAUAAUACCAUGGCAUUGGCAUCGUUUCUACUUUAAAAAUGCUGGUUCACUUCGACAUGUUUUAUGCCCAGCAAUGGAUCUACGUCAAAUUGAUGAAUGGUCGGAAUAUUUACAUUCAAAUACAAAAUCGUUCAGGAAAAUUAAAAGUGAUAAUGUUAAAGCACGUUCUAUCACAAAUAUUGGAAGAGUGGAUGGUGAGGACGGUAAGAAUCAUAGAUAUAGUGAUAGUGGGUAUUAUGGCACUGAAGAGACUGAUUCUUGUUCUGUACAAGAAUUGCCUAAACCAGUUCGUCCAUGUUGUGCAUGUAAUACAGCUAUUUAUCGUUUAAUUAUACAAUCAGACUGGCAACAACAACAGCAUUGGAGAGACUGGCCAACUACGAUGGCAGGUGCUGGAAGUACAGCAAGUGAAAAUCCACACUGGAGUGAGAUACUCGGUGCUUCACACAGUCCUCAGUAUGAUAUUUUUCAUGCCGGUGGAUAUGCAAGUCCAGCAGUCGACGCAUUAUGCACUACAAGUGAUGUUUCAAAGUUGGAAAGUGAAUUCCGUAAUCAAGCAGGCGAGAAUAUACUAACUGUUAUACGUACCAGGGGAAUUGACUCAAUGUCUCCACCAGAACAAAGAUUUCGUUCAGCACUUUUCGCAGUCAACAGCUCGCAUCAUCUAUUAUCAUUUCUAACACGUAUAGUGCCAAGUCCAGAUUGGUGUACAGGUUUAUCAAGAGUAGAUGUAUGCCUACCAAAUUGUUCAUGGCCUUUAAGAAUGCAAUUUCGUUUAGAACCAUGGGACGCUGGUGUAAUGACUGGUAAUACAUACAUACCAAUUGAAACAUCAGAAAGACUUAGAGAACCAAAGCCAAUGUGUCCAAUAACACCUGAUUUACGACCAAAUACACCAUUUACUGUUUUAACAGAUUAUGUAUCUCUACCGAAUUCUGAUUCAUUCGGUCUAUCAAAUCUACAUACAUCUGGUUCAAAUGCAUUUAGAAAUCCUAAUUUAGGCAUGCCAAUGUCAGAUCAAAUGAAUCUUUUAAAUAUUCCCUCAACAACAGGACGUAUGCGUAGACAAUUUGCUCGACUUGGUAUGGUUGAAUUAGAGUUAUUACGUGUAAAUGAGCAUGAAUCUUGUGCUUCUGAAAUCCUUCAAGAAGAUCAAGCAGUAUCAAAGGCAUCAAACUUCCCUCGACGUGAUUCUGGGACUAGUGGUACUGGCAUGAGAACGACUGAAAGUGUUUCACGAAAAGCGUCAAGUGAUAUGCUCGGCGUAAGAUGUCAUCUAAGUGAAUGGUCACCAUGGAGUCCAUGUACUCAAGUUGAUUUAGACACUUGUUCAACUGAUGAAGCAAAAGCAUUCUGGCAAAAUACACCGCCUAGAAUGUGGAGAACAAGGCACAGCAUAAGUGAAUCGAAUAAUGAAGAUUGCUUGUCUGCAAAACUAAAGGAGGAAAAGGCAUGUGACAUUCCUACAGCAAAACAAGCCUGUGGACCGAUUCCAGUAAGUACACCACAAGCAAGAAUGUACUUUAUGGAUAGUUGUUCAUCUUUACCAUGGGGUCCGUGGUCUCCAUGUAACAACGCCACAUGCACGCGUCCAGGUAUGAUUUAUCGAUGGAGACGAUUCCCUGAUCAUGCAGCUAAAACUGCCUGCGAAAAACAUCCUUUAGCAAGUCAAGUUGAUACAUGUUGGCCACCGUCUAACAUACAAUGUUCUGUAUCUGAGCUUCAAACUGCCUGUCAAGAAGAGCCGCCAACACCACAAAGAUUGUGUGUACGACCACUUAACACAACUAAGAGAUACUUUUAUUCAUCAGCAACUAAGCAAUGUAAAGAAUUCGACUAUGUUCCUGAAUGUCAUCUUCGUGCACUUUUUGCCAAUCAUCCAAUCAGUUUAACACGUAAUGUCUUUAAAGAUCGGAACAGUUGUGAACAAUUAUGUAUACAUAAAGACAUUCAAUCUGAUACUGUUUGGAAUCCAAUUGUCAAAAGAGAAAUAGAUAAUUAUCUGUUCAGAUGUGAUCAACCAUUGAUGGUAGGCUCUUCGUGUUAUUCAAAUAAAAAGUCCUAUCGUUGGUAUUAUGAUCAACAGUUGAAAAGGUGUAUAUCAUUUGAAUAUAUGGGUUGUAAUGGGAAUGGCAAUAAUUUUAGAACAGAACAUGAAUGCAAAAUGUACUGCAUCUACCAGAAUAACCCCACAAAGAAUUUAGAUGGUUCAAAUAUGACAAGUACUAGCGAAAAAUCUACAUCCUCUACUAACAGUAGUUCUAACAAAUGGAUUCAAAUGCCUCAAGACUGUCGUUAUACACUUUGGACUGAUUGGUCAAGUUGCAGUGCCACCUGUGGUCCAGGUACUAUGACACGAGUACGUGAAAGAAUAUCACCUCAAUUAGAUAACUGUCAGACAUUACUACCGGAUGUUGAACAACGAACAACUUGUUUCCUCAAGGCUUGUUAAACAAUUUAUACGAGAACUAGUCAUUUCUGAUAUUCUUCAUUUAUUCCUAAUCAUUAAAAAAGAAAAAAUUAUUACCACGCAUUUAAACAGUUGGAAAUGAUAGAUUUAUACUACUUAAGUUACAAAAUGACACAAUUAAGUGACUAUUUAUAAACCUGAUGGUGGAAUAAUACACACAGACCAACCAUUAUAAAAUGCAUUUCUUUUCGUUUCACCUAUUUUCCUUCAAUGAAGUGUAUUCCACAAGUGAUGACUGGAAUUUAUCAGUAUAAAUAAUGUUCUCUGCAUUCCAUACUAAUUCCUCUGGCAUUUUGUUCCUAUCUUUCCUGUCCUUCAUCUUUGAUGUAUAACUAUGACUAUUCUUAGUUUUACUAUAAUCAAUUGUUCUUGUGAUUGUUGCAAACUUUUAACUGACUUUAAU